ACACACAAACACACACAAGUAUGUCGUGCGAAAACGCAAAAACAUCAUCAGAUAUCGAGCAUGUGGAUUGGAGCACCGGAGGCUCCGGCCAGCACUACGCAAAUGUCAGAUUCGGUUCUGGCAGCAGCCAAGCAUCACAGAACAGUGGGGACAUCUGCCGGAUUUGCCACUGCGAGAGUGAUCCACAGAAUCCACUGCUGACGCCAUGCUACUGCUCCGGCAGCCUCAAGUAUGUCCACCAGGCGUGUUUGCAACAAUGGCUGACCGCAUCGGCGACCAACUCCUGCGAAUUGUGCAAGUUCCCAUUUAUAAUGCACACCAAAAUCAAACCCUUCAAUGAGUGGCGCAGCCUUGACAUCUCCAGCAUUGAGCGACGCCGUCUCUGUUGCACCGUGCUCUUCCACUGUGCCGCCGCACUGUGCGUCAUCUGGUCACUGUGUGUGCUCAUCGAGCGUGCAGCAGACGAUGUGAAACGUGGACUGAUUGAUUGGCCAUUCUGGACAAAGCUGGCUGUUGUCACCGUUGGACUCACUGGCGGCGUUGUCUUUAUGUACAUUCAGUGCAAGGCCUAUUUGCAUCUCUGCCAUCGCUGGAAGGCACGCAACAGGAUCCUGCUCAUCCAAAACGCUCCAGAGAAGAUACAUCCUCCGGCACCGCCUUCUCCGGUGGUCGCUCAUCAUCAUUUUAGCGAGGCACACAGCUCGUUGGCCCACGGUGCGGUCAGUGGCACCGUCGAGAUCAACGCCACGGGAGGAGCUGGACAUGCUGUUCACGAUUCCAGCUGCGGUGCUUUGGACAAUGCGUCGUCAACGGGAUUGCAUCCACAUCAGCAGCAAAUGCAGUUGCAGCUGCAGCAGCGACUGUUGAAUGCCUCGCCACAUCAUAUGCUGCAGCUGGACGUGGUGCCACAUAGCAGCAACAGUGCUGGGACACAGACGGAGGAUGCACAUGCGCAGCGCCAGCAACAGGGCCAACAAUUGGGUCAAGUGGCUGUGGCAGCCAACAUCGAAUGCUCGCAGUCGCAACACAAUUAUGAUCGCGAUUGGGCGCUGGAUGAUGGCCUGUCGCAGAUCUCCUCGUUCCGUCCCUGUCCGCAGGGCUCGGGCAGCAUGACACCGUUCCACGACUCCAUACAUAAUGUGCUCGAGCAUUCGGAGAGCUCCAGUCGCGGCUCAGCCGCCGAUCUCUGCGCCGGCUCGCGGCAAGAUCUCAGCGCCAGCGGCAUCUCCACAGACACGGGCCGCGAGCACGCCAUGCAACUGAGCAGCUUUAGUGGCAGCGGUGAGCAUAAGGCGCCUUCGAUUAGCUCCGGUGUCUCGCAUGCGGUGGCCAAUGGAUUGGGUGGAUUUGUGUAUAAGCCACAUCAGUCGAAGCGCUACUCCAACUCGUCCAUUUUCCUGGAGAACCGUGAUAUACUCAAUGACUCGCCUCUGUGCGUGGGCGUGGCCACACCGCUUACCUAUGACUACAGCACACCACCAAAGAUCGAUUAUCGCCACUCGAGCAUUCUGGGCGCCGAGGAGCCAACCGGAUUGGGCUGUUGUGUCGACGCCGCUGACUGUCGAGUGGGCAGAGAUGCGGACUUGCGUCGCUAUUCGGACACAAAGCUGGAGCUGGAACAGGAGGCCAUGCUGUGCAAGAAUGCCGAUGGUGGCGACAUUGUGCUGGACAUAGAGCUGCCCUCGUCACCGCUAUCUCCGCCAGCUGCCUAUGCCAGUCACCAGCAGCAUCAGCAGCUGGCACUGCGUCGCUCCUUCGACAAGGGCGUGGAUGAAACGAAUCCCGGCGGUGGCACCAACAACUCCAAUAGCUGCACAGUCGAUGCCCAAAUGGAUCGCUCGCGUUUGUCUUUCAAAUCUUUGCCAAAUCUCAGCAGCAGCUGUGAAAGUCUCAUCAAAAAGUGAUUAUUCCCAGCGUACACUCUAUAAUGCUGGACAGGCAUAGAUCCAAGUCCAGACUGAACCACAACAAAUCCAUAUUUUUUAUACCGCACACACUUUCCUAGCGUUCCCAACAACUUAUUUCUCCAUGUAACCAAUGUAUUCAUGUUUCCCCCCAUGUAUAAUCCAUGUAUUCAUUUAACCAUGUUUCCACAUGUAUCCCAUGUUUAACAAAAAGCCCAUAAACAAUUUUUGAGACUGCAAAACAUAACAAGAAAUAAUAAUGUACGUUCUAGAAGAAACAAAUAUGAUUUCAUUUGAUUAACAGUAUAGAUCUAUAUAUCUAUAUAUAUAAUUAAAUAGAUACGGAACAAAUGAACAAACUUAUAUAUAUAUAUAAAUACCAAUUAAAUCUACAAUAUGUACAUAUAUAUAAAGAUUUGCUGUAAUUCGUGCAGCUGCAGCAGAAACAAAUCUCUCAACAAUUUCACAGCUCGCGCUGGAUUAAUCCCCUCAUCCCGCUGCCUAAGCCAAAACCGUUUAUAUGUAUGUAGCUCCAUAUAAUUACUACAACUAUUAAUAUUAUUAUUAUAAUAUCAUUAUGACAUAUAUAUAUAUGUAUGUAUGUUUAUGCAGAGAGCAGAAGUCGUGUACUUUGUGAAAUUUUGUGUUUUGUUUCUUAACUUCUAAGUCAAAUGAAAUUUUAAAAAAUUGAUCUGUGAUUAAGCGUCAUUGAAUAUAUACACAUUAAACAACAAAUAAUACCAAUAAUAAUAAUAAUUACAAUAAUAAUACUAACAUAACAGCAGCAACAAUAGAAACGAACAUCAAUGCAAACAAAAUAAUAAUAAUUUUAAAAGUAAUAAACUAUUUAAAGCAUUUUGGAUGAUUAAAGUGCAAAAGCAAAAGCUCCUUCGUGAAGCUUUAUCGGCUCUCUAUGUAAAUCCUCAGCUCAGCUUUGCGGAAAUUGAAACCGAGAUAUACAUAGAUGUAGAAA